AUGGGUAGUGCCAUCUUCAACGUUGUGAACAUUGCGGAGAUUGUGAAACGACGCGUCCAUGGUCUUCAUCAGAUCACGGCGAUUGGCUCCGAGAUUGUGAAGGAUAUGUACGAGCCGCUUGAGUUCACCAAAAACCUCGACAACUUGGAGGUCGAGCGCAAGGUUUCAACGAUCCUGAUUACUCUGUCCCGCACCCAGCUGGACAAAAGCAAUCCUGGCUACCAGGAGCCACUUCCGGAGGACCAGGUGGUCGAACAGGAGCGACGGGAGCCAGGCCGCAACCGUGGUGAGCGCGGUAGGCGUAGGAACAGUCGUGGGGGCCGCCGAGAUGAACGUGACGGACGCCGUGAUGACCGUGACGGACGCCGUGAUGAACGUAGCGGACGCCGUGAUGACCGUGACGGACGGCGUGAUGACCGUGACGGACGCCGUGGGGGUCGUGGAGGCCGUCGAGGGGGCCGUGGGGGUCGUGGUGGAGCCAACUCAGGUGCUGACCGUCGCGAUGAUCGCCGCAAUUAA